UGUAGGAGUUGGCAUCACUGAGUACUGGCUUCAAUAAUCAAUUCGAUCAUAUUGUAUUAAGUUUUACUCCAAGUACUCUAACCUUUCUUAUUUUAAGUUGUUAGCGUCAAGCCCAAUAGUUAUAGGUUUUUUAAUGCACAUUCAUAACUGAAAACACAUGACUUACUAAUCUGUAUUCAUAAUUAUGCAUUUUGCAUGAAUGCAUCUAUGAAUAUUGCUGAUCUAAUGAAAAUACUUUUCGGCUUUUAGAAAACAUUAAAUUCUAUAAAUAUGCCUUUAUUAGACGGAAAGGAAAUUGAAAUCUUCUUUAGUGAAGAAGACCUGCCAUAUGAGGAAGAAAUUUUGAGAAACCCUUUUUCUGUUAAACAUUGGCUGAGAUAUAUUGAACAUAAAAAAGGAGCUCCCAAGCAUGAAAUAAAUCUUAUUUAUGAGCGAGCUCUUAAAGAAUUACCUGGAUCCUUUAAAUUAUGGUAUAACUAUCUCAAGUUAAGAAGGUCCCAAAUAAGGGGAAAAUGCAUAAUAGAUCCAUCAUAUGAAGAUGUUAACAAUUGUUUUGAAAGAUCAUUGGUCUUUAUGCACAAAAUGCCUAGGAUAUGGAUGGACUACUGUACAUUUUUAACAGACCAGUACAAAAUAACCAUGACAAGAAAAGCUUUUGAUAGUGCAUUGAGAGCAUUACCAAUAACUCAGCAUCAUAGAAUUUGGCCUCUGUACUUGGGUUUUUUAAAGAAACAUGAUAUUCCAGAAACUGCUGUGCGUGUUUUUAGAAGAUACUUAAAGCUCUGUCCAGAAGAUACUGAAGAAUACAUUGAUUAUUUGAUAUCAAUUGAUAAAUUAGAUGAAGCGGCUAUUAAAUUGGCUCAAAUUGUUAAUAAUGAAAACUUUCAGUCAAAACAUGGUAAAUCUAAUCAUCAGCUAUGGAAUGAAUUAUGUGAAUUGAUAUCUAAAAAUCCUGAUAAAAUACAUACACUAAAUGUAGAUGCUAUUAUAAGAGGGGGUCUGCGACGCUAUACUGACCAGUUAGGACAUUUAUGGAAUUCUAUAGCUGACUACUAUGUAAGAAGUGGGCUCUUUGAAAGAGCAAGGGAUAUUUAUGAGGAAGCUAUUCAAACUGUAACUACAGUCCGUGACUUCACGCAAGUUUUUGAUGCUUAUGCUCAAUUUGAGGAACUUAGUCUUAGUAAGAAAAUGGAAGAGGUUUCUAAAAAUACCAAUCCUAGUGAAGAUGAAGAUAUAGACUUAGAACUUAGGCUGGCAAGAUUUGAAUAUUUGAUGGAAAGAAGAUUGCUAUUACUUAAUUCAGUUUUGUUAAGACAAAAUCCACAUAAUGUUGCAGAAUGGCAUAAAAGAGUAAAGUUAUAUGAAGGGAAACCUCAUGAAAUUAUUGACACAUACACAGAAGCUGUUCAAACUGUUGACCCUAAAUUGGCUGUUGGAAAGUUGCAUACAUUGUGGGUAGGUUUUGCAAAAUUCUAUGAAACUAAUGAUCAAAUAGAAGAUGCAAGAUUAAUUUUUGAAAAAGCAACACAAGUAAUCUAUGUAAAAGUAGAUGAUCUUGCUUCUGUUUGGUGUGAAUGGGCAGAAAUGGAGAUAAGACAUGAGAACUAUGAAGAAGCUCUAAAAUUAAUGCAAAGAGCAACUGUGCUGCCUAGUAGAAAAGUUGCCUACCAUGAUGAAAAUGAAACAGUUCAAAUGCGUCUAUAUAAAUCUCUUAAAGUAUGGUCCAUGUAUGCAGAUUUAGAAGAAAGCUUUGGUACAUACAAGUCCUGCAAGGCUGUCUACGAUCAUAUCAUUGAUUUAAAAAUAGCAACACCACAGAUUAUUAUAAACUAUGGCUUGUUUCUAGAAGAACAUAACUACUUUGAAGAGGCCUUCAGAGCUUAUGAAAAAGGCAUUGCGCUUUUUAAAUGGCCUAACGUGUAUGACAUUUGGAAUACAUAUUUAACUAAGUUUUUAAAGAGAUAUGGAGGAAGUAAGCUUGAAAGAGCUAGAGAUCUGUUUGAACAAUGUUUAGAAAAUUGUCCACCUGAAUUUGCUAAAUCCAUAUUUUUAUUAUAUGCAAAGUUAGAAGAAGAACACGGGUUAGCAAGACAUGCUAUGUCAGUAUAUGAGCGUGCUACAACUGCUGUCCUACCAGAGCAGAUGUUUGAAAUGUUUAACAUCUAUAUAAAGAAAGCUGCUGAAAUAUAUGGUGUCCCAAAAACACGCCAAAUAUAUGAAAAAGCCAUAGAAACCUUAGCUGAAGGAAACUCAAGAGAAAUGUGUGUACGCUUUGCAGAAAUGGAAACCCGUCUUGGCGAAAUAGAUAGAGCUAGAGCUAUCUAUGCCCAUUGUAGUCAAAUGUGUGAUCCUAGGAUUACAGCAGAAUUCUGGAACACUUGGAAAGAGUUUGAAGUUAGACAUGGUAAUGAAGAUACUAUGCGUGAAAUGUUAAGAAUAAAGAGAAGUGUGCAAGCCACAUACAAUACACAGGUCAAUAUGAUGUCUGCACAAAUGCUAAGUUCUGCAGCACAAGCAGCAGGCACUGUGUCUGAUUUAGCCCCAGGAAUGAAAGAUGGUAUGAGAAUGUUAGAAGCUAAAGCAGCAGAAAUGGCAGUCCAAAGUAAAGGAAAUAUUAUGUUUGUUAGAGGAGAAACCCAAGGCCUUAAGGAUAGUUCUGAUAAAGUUGUGAACCCCGAUGAAAUUGACAUUGACGAGGCUUCAGAAAACAGUGAAGAGGAAGAUGAAAGUGAAAUAGCACCAGUGGAAAAGAAAGAAAUUCCAGCUGCAGUUUUUGGUGGUUUGUUGCCAGAAAAAGAAUAAAAUAUAAUAUUUUCCAUAGACAAAUAAAAGUUUAACUAAUAA